UAUAAGUUAACACCCUCUUAAUAUAGCAAGUUUCACCAUAUUUUAUGUACUAAGUUGCACUUAGGAGGCGUGACUGAACCCAAGCAUGAAAUAUUAUUUGGAAAUUGGAAUCUCCAAGUUUGGCCGAUAUCCAUAAAUCUCCACUUUUAAUACCAAUUAAAUCUCUUAUAAGGUAGAUUUUUGCAUAAUUAGUUUAGUUUCAGAAUCGUGCCAGUUGGUCUUUCUUGGUCCUAAAAAGAACAGAUAUUUUGCAAGGUAGAUCUUGCAUGGUGCAUUGACGCGUCAAACAUUUCUUAUGAACCAACUGAAACAAAUACACGCCCACACUCUCCGAAAUGGCACCGACUUCACCCAAUUCUUGAUUACCAAGCUUAUUGAAAUCCCAAACAUACCGUACGCCCACAAAGUGUUCGACAAUAUUACCAGACCAACUGUCUUUCUCUACAACAAGCUCAUUCAAGCCUAUUCUUCUCAUGGCCUUCCCAGCCAGUGUUUUUCUCUCUAUAUCCAUAUGCGCCGGCAAGGCUGCUCCCCUAAUCCACACUCCUUCACUUUCCUCUUCGCCGCAUGCACCAGCCGUUCCAGCCCCAUACAAGGCCGAAUAUUCCAUGUCCAUUUCAUCAAAUGGGGUUUCAAUUUCGACAUCUACGCUUUAACUGCACUUGUUGACAUGUAUGCUAAAAUGGGCCUGUUGCCUUCUGCGCGAAAGCUCUUCGACGAGAUGGAAAUGAAGGAUGUGCCCACUUGGAAUUCUUUGAUUGCAGGGUAUACCAAGAAUGGGAAUGUGGAAGAAGCUUUCAAGUUGUUUUCAGCAAUGCCUUCAAGGAAUGUGAUUUCCUGGACAGCAAUGAUUUCAGGCUAUUCGCAAAAUGGCAAGUAUGCGAAUGCAUUAACUGUCUACAAGGAAAUGGAGAAAGACAAAGGAGUAAAGCCUAAUGAAGUCACAAUUGCUAGUGUGCUUCCAGCUUGUGCGAAUCUUGGGGCGUUGGAGGUUGGGCAGAAAAUUGAAGCUAAUGCAAGGGCAAAUGGAUACUUUAAGAAUAUGUUUGUCUGCAAUGCUGUGCUUGAAAUGUAUAUGAAAUGUGGUAGAAUUGAUAGGGCAAUGCAACUCUUUCACGAGAUUGGUAGGAGGAGGAACUUGUGUUCUUGGAAUACCAUGAUCAUGGGGUUAGCUGUCCAUGGAAAAGGUGAUGAAGCUCUUAAGCUUUUCAACCAAAUGCUGGGAGAAGGAAAUGCACCUGAUGAUGUAACGUUUGUAGGAGCAAUCCUAGCAUGCACACAUGGAGGCAUGGUAGCAAAGGGCUGGGAACUCCUCAGUUUGAUGGAGCAAAGAUUCUCCAUAGUUCCAAAGUUGGAACACUAUGGCUGUAUGGUUGAUCUCUUAGGCCGGGCUGGAAAGUUGCAGGAAGCUUAUGAUCUUAUAGAGAGCAUGCCAAUGACACCUGAUUCGGUUAUAUGGGGAACUCUGCUUGGAGCCUGCAGCUUCCAUGGCAAUGUUGCACUGGCUGAGAAAGCAGCCGAGUUCCUUUCUGUGUUCGAGCCGUGGAAUCCUGGAAAUUAUGUUAUUCUCUCAAACAUCUAUGCAAGAGCUGGCCGAUGGGAUGGUGUUGCAAGGUUAAGGAAACUGAUGAAGUCCUCCCAGAUUACAAAAGCAGCAGGGUACAGCUUCAUUGAGGAGGGAGGAGAUAUUCAUAAGUUUAUAGUAGAGGACAAAUCCCACCAAAAAUCAAAUGAGAUAUAUGCACUGCUUGAUUUAGUCACGACUAUAUUAAAGUUCGAUGAAAGCACCAUUGAUAUUGAUUUGGAUUCUAUUGUUGAAUAAAUUUUUUGGUGAUAACCUGAU